AUGAGGUACUAUCAAGUGACACUUAACAUAGGCCACCCAUCCAAACCUUACUUUCUUGAUAUGGACACUGGCAGUGACCUCGACUGGCUUCAGUGUGAUGCACCUUGUACCAAAUGCACUCCAGCCCCUCACACUCUUUACAAGCCAAACAAAAACGUUGUCACAUGUAAGGAUCCUCUCUAUGGUUCUCUUCACUGCCUGAUAACCACCCUUGCGAAACCCCUGACGAGCAAUGUGACUACAAGGUCCAGUAUGCUGAUUAUGGUUCAUCUAUGGGUGUCUUGGUCAAAGAUUCAUUUCCUUUAAGAUUCAUCAAUGGUAGUAUUGUUGGUCCCCGCCUAAUAUUCGGGUUGUUUGCUUGCUUUUCACUCUUGGCCUAAUUAGUUUUUUCAUUUAUUUUUUAUUUUAGCUAGCUCGAGUUAACAAAAGGGAAUGUUUCUUAUGUGUUUUUUCUAUACCCUCUGUAAAACCCGAAAAAAAAAAAAAAGAAUUGUUAAAAUCCUAAUUAAAGGGGUUAUAUUUUUCUUCUUCGAGUUAAAUAGAAUAUUUCAUAUUUUCAACAUUUUUUCGGGCUAAAUACGUAUCAACAUUUUGUGUUCCUGUAGAUUACAUUAGGUAUAUUAUAGAUCUUCUGAUCCUGAAAAAUUGACUUAAUUAUAGUUUCUUUGUUUAUGUUUUAUUUGGUGUUAUUUAGGUGGUGAUUGAAUUCAAGCAGCAACCGUGUCCACUCGACACUCUCAUGGUGCUAGUAACCACAAAUGUGGCUGGACCUUUAGGCGCAAAUGUUGCUUGGCCUUAUUCGGAAAUCAAACGAUGGAGGCUUGGAUGUAAUCGAUACUUACGUUUUCUGGAACUUGCAUGAAUCAGCAUGAAAUCAGUGUUCGUGAUUCGAUAAGCAGGCCUUUUACUUGCACGUAGUUGCCUUUCAACUAUGUUUUCCCAAUGGUGAGUUUAUGAGUUGUUUUAGAUUACAUCUAAAGUUUUCUCUUCGGCUACCAUUCAAUUAGUUUGCUUCCAACUUUUUUUUUUUAACAUUUUAGGAUCAUAUUCAAGUCUAUGUGGUAG